CUCUUUCUCUCUCUUCCAUUGUCUCUGUGUGUGUGUUCUUAAGUUUCUCUCUCUCUCUCUUCCAUUCAUUCAUCAGCACCCCUUUAAAUAGGCUCUCUAUUCAAAACAAUAUCUUCCAACAGAAAAAGAUUAUCUUGUUGAGGAUAUCUAUUACCGUGUUGCUCGCUCUUCUCUCUUUCUCGCAACAAAAUCUUCUUUUUUUCUGAUUUUUUUUUCAUAACCCAGAAAUCUAGGGACAACGAGCCGCAAAAUUAAUCCACACCCAGAUUUUCUCUCUCUCAAAUAUCCAGUGGAGUUUAUCUGAUUUUUUUGGUUCUCCCUAAAUUCUUCACCUUCUUAGUAGAAGAGACAUAAAAAGCUGAUUUGUUUUUAUAUAUAUUUACAUAAUAUUAAUAUACAAAGGUGUGCUUUUUGGGUGUCUUGGAGGAUCUGUAUUUGGUGUAUCCAGUGGAUUGUGUUGAAGGGUUUUGAGAAUUUUUUGUUGGGAGUACAUGGCUGCUCAAUUGCAAAAAUCUGCGGAUGAAAUGAGUAGGAAGAAGCUUCAAGGUGAUUCUUCGACGGUUGAACUCAAUAAUUCCAACAUGGUUCCUUCUAAGGGUGCAAGUUCUCCAUCUGAUGCAAGAUCAUGUGUGUCAUCCAUAGGAGAUGCUUCUGGUAGUGUUAAGGAAGUGGAUGUGGAUCAUGAGUAUUUUACCACAGAUCAAGGUGUUCCUUAUACUGCUGGUGGCUAUUAUGGUUACUACUAUCCAGGUUAUGGUGGUUUCUAUGGAGAGUCAGACAAUCACGGGUACUAUGUUGGUGCUGAUGUUGUGGAUCUUCAGUAUCCUGUCAUGCAAGCAGAUAAUGGAUCUUAUGUCUAUCUCAUGCCAGGAUAUCAGACUGGCUACUCUUCAUACUUUCCAGCAAGUACAGCUGCAGUUGAUGGGCAGUAUGUUGGCCAUAAUGUCUAUCCCCCUGCCCCCAUCUUUCAACAACCCAUUGGAUCACCUGGUUAUUUUCCAGCUUCUCUACCAUAUGGAGAGUUACUUCCAUCAAUGUACUCGUGGGAUUCACCUAUAACCACGCAAGAUGGGCUACAAGGAAAUGGUUAUAAUGAAUUGGCAAGUAAACCAAGUGGUAGAUCUAAUUUUUCUUCCCAGAGUCAUUCUAGUGGGAUUGUGUCAAAGUGUGCACCCCCACCUAACUUGAGCAACCAGGCAGAAGUGAAGGGUUCAAUGCCAUUAUUAGAGGUCUCAUCAACUCAUGUUAAGCGUAACCAGCCAAAACAAGCAAACAAGGCACCUGUUUGUGGCUCCGUCCUUCAUUCAGAUGUAGUCGCAAAGAGUUGCUUGCCUAUUUCCAAGUUUCCCUCAUACAGUCAAGGAAAGAGCGGAUUCCUCUAUCCUAACAACUUGCUUAAUGUCAAAGCAAGCACAAAGAACUGGGUUAGUACUGAAAAGUUGAAACUGAGAAACAAGGUUAAUGAUUCACUUAAUGAGCAGAAUCAAGGUCCUAGGACAGCUAAUGCGAAAGGGGCACUAAUGUCUGGCGGUAAUUCUGUGAGAUCCUUGGUUGGAGGUGGGAGUGGAAAUGUUAACAGCAAAAUUAGGACCGAUCAAUAUAACCUUCCUGAUUUUCCAACCAAAUAUGAUCAUGCACUUUUCUUUGUCAUCAAAUCAUACAGUGAAGAUGAUAUCCACAAGAGCAUCAAGUACAGUGUGUGGGCAAGUACACCUAAUGGGAAUAAGAGGCUAGAUAGUGCAUUUCAGGAUGCACUAAAGCGAAUGGAAGAUAAAGGAAGCAAGUGCCCUGUGUUCCUUUUUUUCUCGGUCAAUGCUAGUGGUCAAUUCUGCGGAGUAGCUGAGAUGACUGGGCGAGUUGAUUUCAAUAAAAGUAUGGAUUUCUGGCAACAAGAUAAAUGGAAUGGAUAUUUCCCUGUCAAAUGGCACAUUAUAAAGGAUGUUCCAAAUCCUCAGCUGCGGCAUAUAAUACUCGAGAAUAAUGAUCACAAGCCUGUAACAAACAGUAGAGACACACAAGAGGUGAAUUAUCCACAAGGGGUUGAAAUGCUCAACAUUUUUAAGAAUUAUGUGGCAAGAACUUCCAUAUUGGAUGACUUUGAAUUUUAUGAAAGCCGCCAGAAGGUCAUGCAGGAGAAGAGAACAAGGCAACCUAUACCCCAUACCAACAUACAGGUUUGCUUUUACCUGUUACCUUAUUCCAUGGUUUUACUAAAUGUAGUACACAUUGAUUCCCACAUUGCCUUUUCUAUAGGGUUGAUGAGCACAUGUGAUUGUGGGACCACAUUGGCAUAAUUGUGUUUGGAGAAGGAAUUCUUUUGUAAUAUAUGAUAAAAUGCCUAGUUGAUAAAAAAUUCUAAAACUUUAUCACAGAAUAAUUUGGUGUGGGGAAAAUUUCAUAAACAAAUAGCCCUUUAGACUCUGGAGCAUGUUAUGCUAUUCUUGACUUUACUAUUUUCUUUAUUCAUAAUUUGUGCGUGCAAUCAUAUACCCUUGAGAUGCUUUGAUCUCUUUGCUCAUUGUUGUUUUAUAUAUAACUUUGUUGGCAGCAUAUAGAUGAAUUAACCACUGCACUUGGGUCAGUAGACCUAUCAGAUGUGAAGAACAUUGAGGAUCAAGAAAGUGAAUGACUGAAGAACAUGUAGGGCUGAUGCUAUUCGUGGGGACCCUCUGCCAUGUCAGCAUGCUGGUUACGGUUGGUGCAGCGGUGCAGUUGAUGCUGCCACGUGGCCCAUGAAGAAAGAAAAAAUGUUAAUGAAUUCAAGGUUGAAGCUCUAAACAAAAAUUGUUGCUGAUGAUGCUUUAGAAAGGAAGAGAAAAAGAAAAAAUAAUAAUUUUCAUCCGGGAAAAAUGAUGGCUUCAUUCCUAAUUGUACAAAACUACAAAGGAACAAGUCUUGAAGUGGAUGGACCCGGUGAUAUAGGGAUUACAGGGUGCUAUGAAAAGCACAUUUCAUUUACUUAUAUUUUUGUUUGCUGCAUAUGAUGAAGUUCAGUUUAGUUCCUCGUUUGUUGGUUUUUUCUCUCCUUUUUUAUCCUUGUAGUUAUAGUGAUUUUAACAGCAUACUAAAUGGCACGUUUUGGACAGGUCACUAGUAACAUGUUGAAAAUGAUGGGUUCCAAGUGGAAAAUUAUUGGAGUUGGGCAGUGUUUAGCCAUG